AUGCUUAUGCUCACAGAAUGUGAGAAAGUCCUUGGCGAUGGCCUUCUACGAUUACCAGCCCAGCACAACUACCGAUACAGCCCACAGGCGGAGAGAGACCUACUAGAGCUGCUCUUUCGAUCGCUCGUGGGGCACAACGAGGAGCUGAUACACCACCUGUUCCCCGAAGGUGUGCCUACUGGAGCAUGGAAACUUGCUGAAGCUCAGGGAGCUCGAGAGGGUGCAGAAUACACAGAAGCAGCGCGAGGAAAACGCUGCGGUCACAUCUUCCGCGCCGGAGAGGCGACUUACCGAUGUAUAACGUGUGCUGCGGACGAAACCUGCGUGUUGUGUAGCAGAUGCUUCGAUGCAUCUGACCACACGGGACACCAGUACCAGAUUUCUCUAUCCUCUGGCAACUGCGGUUGCUGUGACUGCGGCGAUGAUGAAGCCUGGCGACUACCUCUGUUCUGCGCGAUCCAUACCGAUAGUGGUAAUGUCAAGGGCAAAGAGCGUGCUCAGCGGCAGCUGCCUGCAGACUUAGUAUCUUCUAUUCGCCUUACCAUUUCGCGUGUCUUAGAUUAUUUCUGCGAUGUUAUUUCUUGUUCGCCGGAGCAGCUACGUCUGCCCAAGACCAUCGAAGGUAUCAAGCAGGAUGAAGAGGCAUCGCGACUGUGCCCUGACUGGUCAGACGCGGGCGAUCAAGCAGAGGAGGAGCCUGAAUACUCGCUCUUGCUGUGGAAUGACGAGAAACACACUAUCCGAGAUGUAGCUCAUCAAGUGACCCGUGCUUGCCGUGAAAGGGAUAGCUUUGGUGUUGCACGAGCCCAUGAGACGAACGACAUGGGUCGAAGUGUUAUCAAGCAUUCGAAAGAUCUGCAGAGAUUGCUAGCUGUGUCGAAGAUUAUUGAGGAGAUCAAGGUCACUGUCACCAUUCGGUCUGCACGCGACACAUUCAGAGAGCAAAUGUGUGCAACGCUCGUUGAAUGGUUGGCAGAUAUCGCGGGAUGCAGUAUACUCGAGGAUAAUGAAAUUUUCCGCCAAAUCAUCUGUGAAGAGCUCCUUGUUCCCUGGAGGAAAGGCAGUGGAGGUUACAAUGCGGAUAUUGGUAUGAAGGGAAUUGACGACCAUGAAAGGGCGGAGCACUUAGGUGGCCGCACCUUCAUGCUCAGCCUUCCCACUCAUGGCAAUCUAGUUCUGCGAACCGAUGACGAUGAUGAAGAUGAAGAUGACGAGGAUGCUAUUGAUCAGACAAACGAGGUCGACGAGGAUGAGGAUUAUGGAGAAGCCCAUGACGAUGCCGAUGACGAAGAUGAUGACAUGGAUAUGGAACUCACCCGCCUGCAAGCUGAGGCUGAUGGGGACGGUGACGAGGACAUGGAAAUGGACAUGGGUGCUGGAGGAGACCAGUUCGGACCAGACGAGCUUGCCUUAGCCCACCGUAUCCUAGCGGGCCUAACUGGCUUGCGGCAGCCACCACCUGAGCCCACAGCCGAAGAAACAGAGGAAGAGGAGCAGCCGCCACAUGAUCAGUCCAAUUCAACUCCUUCCCGUGAGAUGGAUGAUCAGACACCCGACCCCAAUAGCUUCGUUUCCAUCCCACGAACCCCUUCAGGUGUGGUCAAACCAAAGCCAGGAAGAACAGAAGGGCACUGGCAAGUCCGGCCUCCCCUUCCGGCUGCUGGCGAGAAAGUUGCAGCGUAUGAAGAUCUGUGGCAGCGGACUCGUCUGGAUUGGUUGAUUCUCUUUGAUCUGAGACUCUGGAAGAAGACUCGCACUGAUCUGCGAGACUUGUAUAUCAGCACCGUUGUCAACGUGCCCCAGUUCAAGCGCAUCAUGGGUCUCCGCUUGUCUGCCCUAUACACGGCCCUAGCUCAGCUUUACUUGGUUGCAGACCGUGAACCUGACCAUUCCAUUGUCAACCUCACUUUGCAACUUCUGACCACUCCCUCCAUCACCGAGGAGAUUGUGCUCCGUGGAAACUUCCUUACUAAAGUCAUGUCCAUUCUAUAUACUUUCCUGACGACAAGACAGGUCGGAGAGCCGCAAGCUGUCAAUCCAAAUGCCACUCUAGCAUUCGAUGCAGGCUCGGUAACCAACAGACGCUUGUAUCACUUCUUCCUUGAUCUCCGCUAUCUGCUCCAAUCCGAAUACGUGCAGCAUCGUGUGCGGACGGAAGAGCAAUACCUGCCUCAGUUCUUGGAUCUUGUGAAGCUCUCUCAGGGUAUCUGUCCGAAUGUUCGCGCCGUCGGUGAGCAUGUAGAGUAUGAAACGGAUGCUUGGAUCAGUGCUUCUAUUCUCAUGCGCGAGAUAAAUCGUCUCUGUCGACAGUUCUGUGAAGCGUUCAGAAAUCCUGAAAUUGAUAAUGGACAGAAUCUUCUGCGGGCAAUCAAGACCACAACAAUCACCGCGAUUAUACAUUCUGCAGGCGUGGAGCGCAAGCGCUUUGAUCAGGCCGAGAUCAAAGAAGAGGUUCGAUUCAAGACAUUGUACCCAUUUGACUUCGAGGUCGGUUCUUCUGGCCAGAUUCCUUGCCACCGUGUAGUGGAAUUUGUCGUUGAAAAAGGCUCCAUCAGUUUCCACCAUGCUCUCCACUAUACUCUGUCAUGGCUCAUUGAGUGUGGUCGUGAUGUAAGCAGCGACGUUCUGCGCAAAGUCCUCUUCGAUGCUGCUAUGGAUGCCAGAAAUGAGCUCCAUGCUGCCAAAGAAGCCGAUAACAAGAAUAUUGAUGAUACUCUUUUGGCUCUUGGACCUGAAGAUUUGCUGUUGACCAUGUUCGAUUACCCUCUGAGAGUGUGUGCUUGGCUUGCGCAGAUGAAGGCUGGCAUGUGGGUUCGCAAUGGCCUUAGUCUUCGGCACCAGAUGUCCCAAUAUCGCGGAGUUUCCUCCCGCGAUUUCGCCUACUACCGAGACAUCUUCCUUCUGCAGACUGCUCUGGUGACAUGUGACCCGAGCAGGGUUCUUGCUUCCAUCGCGCAUCGAUUCGGAGUGGUUGAUUGGAUGGCUCGCAACUACAUGCCUCGUGCUGGUUAUGAGGAUUCUCAGAUUGUUGAUGUCGCCGAAGAAUUUGUCCACCUGCUGGUCAUUUUGUUGACCGAUCGCACCUCCUUGACGGCGAUUGAUGACAGCGCUCAUAUGACCAAAGAGAACAUUAGCCGAGACAUUGCUCACGUUCUGUGCUUCAAGCCGCUCUCAUUCUCCGAUCUCUCAACCCGCCUGAGCGACAAACUUCUUGAAUCGGACGAGUUCCAAGAUGUGCUGGAAGAGGUCGCAAACUUCCGUCCUCCCGAGGGCUUGAGUGACUCUGGUACAUUUGAGUUGAAACCGGAGUACCUUGAUCUUGUGGACCCGUACAGUGCACACUACACCAAGAACCAGCGAGAUGAGGCAGAGAAUAUAUACAGGGAGUGGAUGGCUAAGAAGACAGGAAAGAAGGCCAUUGACAUUGUCUAUGAGCCGAAGCUUCGAACCAUUAGCUCUGGCGUCUUCUCUGAUCUGGCAGGUUUCACCGGAACAAUGCUGUUUGCGCAGCUUGUCCACCAGUGCCUUGAAUAUGUUAUCUUCUGCAAAGAGUGCACUCCAUCAAUUCCGCCUACUCGCGUGGAAACUUUCCUUCAGGUGAUCCUGCAUCUCAUUCUUGCUGCGGUUCUCGAGGAUGAGACUCAAGACGAUAGUCCGGAAGCCGAGCAAGAGAGGUCUUUCAACCUACAUGCCCUUUCUAAAUCCAGGGAAAUCAAGGCUGGUAACUUGACUAUAGUUGGUCUUUUGGAAAGGAUAUCGGUGACAAACGAAUUCGUUUCAUGUGGACCUAAGAUUCGUCAUAUUCUCAAGCGCCUGUGGCAAAAGCGUCCCCGCACCUACACUUCUGCGACCGCUUCUCUCAAAUUCCCAUUUGAUCGUAUUGAUACAAACUCACCCGCGAUCGAUAUUGACAACGAGAAGGAACUUAAGAAGAAGCAGGCUGUGGAGAGACAGGCGCGAGUGAUGGCUCAAUUCCAACAGCAGCAACAAAACUUCUUGAACAGUCAAGGUGAUAUUGACUGGGGUGAAGAAGAUUUCAGUGACCUGGGAUCCGAGACUGAAGCUGCACCUGAAACAAAGGUCUGGAAAUACCCCAGUGGAACCUGCAUCUUGUGUCAGGAGGAGACAAACGACUCGAGACUCUAUGGCACAUUCGCAUUGCUGCAGGACAGCACGAUUCUAAGACAGACCGACAUCAGAGACCCUGAUCGAAUCCGCGAGGCCAUCAGAACACCCUGCAGCUUGGAUAGAUCUGCUGAAGAAAUCCGUCCUUUUGGUGUAUCUGGAGAAAACCGAACCACAAUUCGUCGGCUGGAUUCAUCUGGUGGUGAAGUUAUCAGUGAAAAGGUUGGCCUCAGUAAGGGUUUCAACCCGAAGAGCACUUUGCGGGGACCAGUGACAACUGGUUGUGGACACAUUAUGCAUUACUCUUGCUUCGAGGUCUACUAUGCGGCCACACACAGACGGCAUAGCCAACAAAUUGCUCGGAACCACCCCGAGAACACCGGACUCAAGGAGUUUGUGUGCCCUCUGUGCAAAGCUCUAGGUAAUGCAUUCCUGCCAAUCACCUGGAAGGGUAAGGAGGAGUCCUACCCUGGUGCAUUGAGCACAUCCUCCUCUUUCGAGGACUUCAUGAACACAGGCCUCAAGAACUCUUUGAACCAGUCGCAAAAUUUCCCUGUGCUCAUGGUUGAGAAGGACAAGGGGUAUCCGCAAUCUUAUACUGAUUUGUUCGUCGACUAUCUCUCGAAAUCGAUGGUUCCUCCGCUGGCUUCCAAGGUCGCCCAGCUCAUAAUACCCUCUUCAAUCCCGGCAAUCACCCAAUCAGCGCCCGGACAAUUCAUUUCGAAUAACGUGCGGAUCGAUAUGCCUGGUCUCUUCCCUGGCUCCGAAGAAAUCUCCCCAUCAAGUCCUCUUCAGCAAGCUUCCAACCCGCAUAGUCCAAUGACUGAACUAUUUCAGAUCUAUAAGCGUCUGAAGAAGACCAUCAAAAUGAAUCACAUCAACUCCAUCUUCAACAACAGCCCUGAUACGAUCAACAAUGAUGACCUCGUUCACACGGACUCUCUGAUUCGAAGCUUCGGUUUCAGUAUUGCCGCGGUCGAGAUCGCUCAACGUGGUAUUGACUCGGAACCUGGGUCUACCCUGCUAGACAAGAUUCCACCAUUGACAUUGACACAUCUCCGUGUCUUGGCUGAGACCGCGCUUACAUACGCUGCUGUUGGAAUUGUUUCUGCGCGCAACAAUACGAAGAGCCGCCCAGCUCUAGAAUUCCAGGAGAUGCAUCGGCAGAAGAUCUGUCAGUUGCUCGUCGGGCAUCCCUGCCUGAGCGGCACGCCACUGCUGAACGAUGUUCGGAACAUUGAGCCUCUGCUUGCCAUGGAUACUUUUGUGUUCCUCGCAGAGUGCUCGCUCUCCCUACUGCCAGUUUUCAACAUUGAUAUGCGACAUCUGAUUCAGAUGUGCUACGUGGCUGAGAUUGUCAAGGUCGCUGUUACAUUCAUCCUUUGGCCACUAGGUCUGAAGGAAGAGGUCGCCAUUCAAGGAGAGGACAGUUUCACCGAUGAUGACCUUUCAACUGCCCGGUACGAUGUGACGAAACAUUUCUUUGAAUCAGUUGUCUCUGAGCUCAGGGCCAACUCCGUCGGUCGCGCCGAGGGAUCCUCGUGGCCUGCAGCAAGCGGUUUCGUUAAGGAUGGAGAGGAGUCAGCAACUCCCGGCAUCAUCAUUGCUCUGCGCCGUCUCGUUUCAAGCUACGCUCUUACCUUCCUGCGCAAGACUGUUAUCCUUCUGAAUGUUCAGCACGGUGUCGAUUUCCCUAACACCGGUUUCACUGACGUUGCCUCGUCCGAAUUGGACAGACUCACCAAGGCUCUUCAUUUACCUUCCCUUGACGAGAUCUUGAUGACCAUUAAUCCAGCACGAACAAGCAGCAGUCCAUUCGAUGCUAUCAUUUCCGGAUGGAUCUUCCACUGGAAUGCCUCGCGCUCGGGCAUUCGCUUCGAGGAUCACCGCCUGUGGCCCAGUCUUCCACACCCAGCCAUCUUCGAACUUGUUGGCUUGCCCAAAUACUUUGACAGCCUGAUCGAAGAGGCAAACAGGCGCCGCUGCCCCAGUUCCAAGAAGGAGCUCAGUGACCCAAGUAUCUGUCUCUUCUGCGGUGAUAUCUUUUGCUCUCAGGCAGUAUGCUGCAUGCAUAACAAGCUGGGUGGCUGCAACCAACAUGUUCAAAAAUGCGGAAAGAAUAUCGGUCUCUUCAUAAACAUCCGCAAGUGCACAGUUCUUUACCUCCACAAUCAAAACGGAUCUUGGCACUAUGCUCCUUAUCUCGACCGCCACGGCGAGGUAGACCCCGGUCUUCGACGCAAUCGCCAAUUGAUUCUGAACCAAAAGCGUUACGACCGGCUCUUGCGCGACGUGUGGCUGUCUCACUCAAUCCCCGCAACCAUCAGCCGCAAACUAGAGUCCGAGAUUAACAAUGGUGGAUGGGAAACGAUAUAA